AUGCAUUAAUAUCAGGAGGCUUUACUUAAAAAUACAUGUACUCGUCUAUCUUUUAAUUAGUGAGAGGAGAGGAGAUCACAGUCAAUCUCUAAAUAUACAAUUCCACUGCUCAAUAGGAUAGAUAGCAAUUCAUCAAGGCAUUAUAGGAAUUGGCAAAUGAGAAAAAUACUAAAAUUGAUGAAUAAACUCGUAUUUUACAACUGCGAUUACCUGGCACCACAACUAUAGCUAAUAUCAAGUCAGAUUUGGAAAAAUAUUGCAAUCAAAAAAUAGUAAUAUCACAUUUUAAACUAUGUUAGAUUUUGAUGUGUGAAUCAAUGGUUCCUAAUCCACUAGAUGUCAUAGGAGAUAUCAAAUGUACUACUUAAAAGCAAGAGGUUCAUUUAUAAUUGUGUUCAUAAGUAAUUGCAGGAUGA